AUGUUACCUGUCGCUGGCCAUGUUAAAGCCGGGCGAAAGGGAACUGUUGUGCUGGAGCUGGGACUGGCAUCCUCAAGUGCCCGUCAUGCAGAUGAGUCGGAUCAUGUGGUGACAUCUUCUCAGAAAGGUCCAUGCGCGCGAAUGCUCUUGAAUGAGAUCCGCAGUCGCGCCAUAGAGGUGCAUGCUACGAAGAAGGAUGUUAACCUGAGAUCUUUGCAGACGCAGCUAGCAAACAUACAGACAACCCUGUCUCUGCGAACGGGUAACAAUGGUGAUUGGUCAGUGCAAGCUCAGCAGAGGCUUCACACAUGGCUACAGCAUCCAAUAGAAAGCUCGUCCAACACCUUCGUGCACGUGUUGGUGAUCUUGAAGCGGCCCUUGGUAGAGCGCAAGAUGAGGUAUCGUGAGCUGGUGGAGAAACUCUUGGAGGUAUUCGCCUCGCACCGCUGGGGACAUCAUGCGGAUACGCAGCUUGAGCGUUCGCUGGCAGAGCGGCGGGCAGAGUGGCGGGAGACGUCUGUGAGCUUCCUGAAAGUCGAGGAGCAUCCAAAGCUCCUCCGCUGCUCCGAGCGAGCCCAGGCCCUGCUCCUGAAAGAGGGACCCCGCAGCGACACACCGGCCCUUCGCCGAGCGCUGGAGGAUCUCUGGACUCAGCCGGAAGAGAUCGUCGAGCUUCCGGAAGACGUCGAGUGGACCGACCAUGCCCUCUUGGGGCAGGCUGGCGAGGAGCUACUCAGCGACCUUGAGCGGACCAUUCAACAGCAGGCAGGCAAGGAGUCGAAGGUGACGCUACAGGCGUUGGAGAGUGUCGGCGAAGCAUGGCAACUUCGCACCGCCACGAACAAUCCAGAAGAUGCCCUCAUGACGCCUUCCUUCUUGAAAGACAUGACCUGGGCAGCGAAGCAAGUUUUCCUGCAGGAGCUGGUUACGCAGAUGGACACCAGAGCGGAGGAAGCGCACCCACCGGAUGACCUGGACUCUCAGCUCAAGGUUGCUGCUGCAGCCUACGGCCGUGACCUCAGCUCCCUGGUGCACGAGAUUUUGGGUGUCUUCUCGAGUGAGACCGCCGAGGGCGAAGCAGAUCUCACGGUGAAACUGGAUAAUAUCUUCGAUGGCUGGCAACAACGACAAGCAGACGUCGGAGUUGAAGCUUUCACCGGUGAGUUGCUCGGCGACGUGGCUUCCGCUACCCGGGCUCUGGCGAAUCAGCACGCGCUGAAAGCUGCAUCAGGCCAGCAGCCGCAGAGGUCGUUGAAAGACCUUUUGGAGCAGGUCUGGGAGAAGAAGAUCCAGGAGCAGAGCAUCGACAUCGACCGGCGCCCCUGGACCAACUGUGAGAUUCUGUACCGACGCGGCGAGGCCCUGCUGAGCAACUUCUCUGAGUUGGUCAAGUGCUCGCAGAAGCAGCACAUGAAGUCUUCUCACCUGAAGGAUCAGCUGUCCAAGGUGGCGGACCACUGGUGCCAUCGAACACUUGCAGCAGCUGUUGGCGCGGACUGCAUUUCAUACAAGCUGCUUCGGGACAUGGCCCACGAGGCUCAGCGCAUCUUCGUUGCCAAGGUGAAGGAGUCGGCAAAUGCGGAUAGCUUCACCGCGGCCACGUUCUUGCGACAGGCCCUGCCGGAGACGCGGCAGGCCUGGCGGGCGAAGCUCGUUCAAAUCCAGGGGGAAACCAACGACGAUUCCUGGAAAGAGUGGCUGGAAUCCUGGGAAACUCCGAGCGAGGUGCGGUCCAAAGAGAAUGUGGCUCGAUGGAAACGCUCGGUAAACAAGGUCAAAGGCCUUGCAGCAUUGAUGAAGGGGAAGGUCCGGCCGGAGAGCAGCGGCAGCCUCCGGCCUUCGGGGAGCCUAAACCCUUCCAGCAGUUUGACACCCUCGGGCAGCUUGAAGCCGUCGGGCAGUUUGAAGCGCUCGGGCAGCUUGAAACCCUCCGGCAGCUUGAAGCCCUCCGGCAGCUUGAAGCCUUCGAACAGUCUCAAGCCGUCCGAGAGCAUCACACC